GGGGUGAGCCCGGGGGGCGGCCCGGGGGAGGGGGAUCCCAAGGGGCCUCCGCCCCCAAGGACGGACCCGUCCGGGGGUGGCAUUCGGCGGAGCGAGCUGGAGCGGCUGGUCCCUUGGAGACACCUCUCUCCAUGGCAACCUAAUCGCUUCCUGUGAAGAUCCCGAAAUAACCGACGAGACGGGAGAGGAGCGGAGCCGAGCGGAGCCGAGCCGAGCGGAGCGGACAGCGGCGGCGGGCGGCGGGGGGCAGCCAGGGCUCAGCCUCACCAAACCUUCCUCCUCCUCCUCUCCUUCCUUCGUCCUGGCCAUGAGAGGCACCGGCAGCAGCAGCUGUGCUCCCACAGCCCCCUGCUCCGCCACCCCGGCUGCGCCCCAGUCGUCUGCCCGCAAGUGAAGAAGAUGAGACAGGAUCCUUGCUGAGCACAAACGCUGUGGCAUCUGAGAUGGAGCCCAGUGCCUGGAUGCCUCCAUUCUUCUGCAUCCACUCGCUGCAGCUUUGGCAUCUCCUCCUCCUGGUCUCGGCCGUCCCUCCUCCCGGCGUCUGGUCUCUUCGCUCUCGGGGCCCCGCAGCCCCUCGGCCUCUUUGCACCCGUCGGAGCCCCUCAGCCCCACGGCCCAUUUGCAUCUGGGACAGGACCUCGCUGCCGGAGCGGGAUCCCCGCCUCGCCCCGCGCCAGCGCGCCCUGCCGCCGCGGGGGGGAGAGCUGCGGCACGUCGUGCGGCUGAGGCGGCAGGCGGCGGGCGCCCGCCCGGCCACCCCGUCGGGCUUUGAGGACGGGAUGCCCUCCUCCCAGUACCCCUGGGCCAUUGUGUGGGGCCCCACGGUGUCGGAUGAGGACGGAGGGGACGCCAACUCGGCCAACCCGGGCUUCCCGCCGCUGGGGUACACCUUCGUCUCGCCACACGGGAUGGCAACGGCGCAGCCCAACUCCCACUCGCUCCUGCACAACGCGGGGCUCAACCUGCGUGAGACCCCGGCCACCCUGCGGCCCUUCUUGUUUGGGCCCCGGGGGGAAGGUGUGGACCCCCAGCUGUAUGUCACCAUCACCAUCUCCAUCAUCAUUGUCCUGGUUGCCACCGGGAUCAUAUUCAAGUUCUGCUGGGACCGUAACCAGAAACGCCGGCGCCACUCGGGGCAGCAGAGCAGUGGGAGGCAGCAGGAGAGCCAGCAGCCCCUCGCAGACCUCUCCCCCACCACCGUCAGUAUCCUGGGGCCCUACGGUGAUUCCCUGGCCCCCACAGCAGAGGCGGAGGAAUCCAGGCAGGGCCAGGAGAAACUGGGGGGCCAUGGGAAGAGCACGGCCUUCCAGCUGAACCGAAUCCCACUGGUGAACCUGUGAUGCUCACGGGAGAAGCAGAGCUGGCUCCCCACACCUCCUGUCACAGCUGGCGAGCACAGCCUCCCACCGCCUCUGCUACCCCAGGAAUAAACAACCUCCUUGUGCCACGGCCCACCACCACCACCACACCACCACCACCAUCAUUAACUAACUCCACCAGGAUGUGCCUGGGCAAGUGGACAAGCUGGGCCUCCUUAGCCUCCUGCUGGGGGAAGGUUGGAGACCCUACCCCCGGCCCACUUAGGACAGGGUGAUGAGAGAGCAGUGUGGUGGGAGGGAAGAGAGCUGGUGGUGGUGUGAAAUCUCAGCCUCCCCGGCCCGUGUCCUAGCACAAACACUUGGAUCUCCGUGACUCUCUCACCAGUGCAUGCCUGGCAUUGGGGGUAGGCAAGGUGGAAAGGCGUACCCCUGUCCCCAUGGGCCCUAACCCCUCUGUGUGUCCCUUCCCACGUCGUGUGUUUUGAAGUGAACGUCUGGAGUUCAGUGGCUGCAGGAUUGCCCGCCGGGGCUCGGUCUCCGCUCAGCCGGGACUCAGGUGGUAGCAGGGUCCUUUGUUGCCAAGGCCUUGGCCCUCCCGAGGGUCCCAAGGAGGGGUGAAGCUUGGGCAGAAGAGGCUCACACAGCACCUGGGCCCCCUCAGAAACCCACUUCCUUGAAGGAAACAUUAUCUUCCCUCUAGAUGGAAGAUAUUCACAUCUUUCCAUUUUCUUUCUGCCUAACACUCUUGGGUUUUUUCUCUUCAGCUUUUUAUCUUUCAUCAUCUCUCUGUCCCCAUUUUUCCUCUCUCAGUUCCUCCCCCUGCCACUUCUCUUGCCAGUUAAAGUUGGAAAAGGUUCCUUUAGCUUUCCAAAUGUUUUGAUCUCUUGGAAGCCUCCUUGCUGUCCCCUUCCACCCUUCAGUCUGCUUCAGAAAGGUUUUCCUGAAGAGCAUCAGUCUGUGGUGAUGUUCUUUAGAAAAUCUCAGGCGAAGCCCUCUGCCCAGCAUGUUAUUUAGGAAGCAUCCUGUACACUGGGAUAUGGCUGAAGCAUGGCAUGAAGAUGCUGCUGGGCAUGAGGAACUUAAGGUUGAUGGGCUGAGGUAGGGAAUUGCAUUCAGACACUCAUGCCACAGGCAACAAGCAGCAGCUGUGACUCUCUACGCCUGGGAUGACAAAGAACAAUUUAGGCUUGACCUUGGGAACAUUUGGAGGGUUGCCACAUACUGCUGGUAGAUGUCUCCUGGAAUGCAAGGUGACUGGAGACCCAUGAGGCAACGCUCACCAAGGGCAUGAAAGAGAGGACAACCUUCAUUAAGUUAUGCCCCAGUUGGCUGGGGAACAAAACCAGUGGCACAGGUAUUGGUGCAAACUGGUUGCCUGAGCAUGUACUUCAAGGCUGUGGUGGUCUGUAAGGCCAGCAGCCACAGUCAGUUACUUGUGUGAGCAAGAUCAGUGCAUCUCAACCUCUUCCAGUGUGUGGACCCAUGGGUGUCACUUUGAGGAGGGGUGGAAUGGCAAAUUUCAGCUCAAUGACAAUAGUUGCUCUCCCUUGGCUUUUGUGGUGACAGACUCCACAAUGACAGCCACUGAACUGAUGCAGAUUUUGGUGAAGUUGCCCCUAUACUGUACAAACACCUUCAGCUGCUGCACUGAUGUGGCCAGAGACAGGAAAUUCACCCACAAUAUAAAGGCUCUAAUACAAGGUCCCUGACAAAAGUCAUCUUGGAGAAAAGGAAAUGGAUCUUUCAUCUUUUAUCUCCGCAGUAAAAGCCUAUUCUUUGUAGGACAAAGCACAGGGAAUUUCUUGAGAGGCCUGGUUCUGCCCAUUUACCCAGCUGAACUGUUAGGUGAUCUCCAGUCCCAUCUGACUCACCAUGAAGGACAUUUAAAUGAGAGUGUAAAUUGCAAUAAGCUUUGCAAAAAACAGUGGAGAUUUGGUGAAAAUGACAGGUCAAAUAAAAUUACUGGCUUAUUAAAAGCACAGAAUGGCUGAAAGAUGUAGGUGGAAAAGGACUCUGGAGGUCUCAAGUUUAAGCGCAGGUUGAGCCUCCACUUGUAGCAAGGGAUAUUAUUGCUUUACUGCAGAUCAAUCUAUUACUGAGCCUUUUCAUUAUUCAGGCUCCAUUCAAGGCUUUGGUGGGCGAUCAAGCUGCGGAUGGGCAGAGAAGGGGGCAGAUGGCUGUUCCUGCCCACUGUUCCCCCUCUUGCUGGCAUAUCAGCGUUGGGGAAGGACAUCUGCAUGCAGUCUGCAAGAGGCUGCACUGCUUAUUGCUGGCAGUUUACAAUAUAAUGCCUUGAACUGGUUUAAGUCAUCUCCCAGGCCAGAUUAAUUAGAUUGCUCUUUGAUCAAUAGUGUUUGUUGAAACAAGGCCAGAGUUUAGACUCUACCACUUCAAGGGCUGUCCUUGGACUUUCCCUUUCCACAUGCCGAAUGGGGAGAAGGUCUGUAGGAAAGUGCCAGGGCACUGCAGGAGGCGUAGUGAAAACAUUCUCCAGCACUCAAUGCAGGGAAGCCCUGUGCUCUGCUGGCCUGGCUUUUGUGAACUUUGCAAACAAAUCAGAUUUUGGUGGUUUGGGGUUUUUUCUCCCCAUUUAAAACGCCUCUGUUUUUGUAUCUCCAGGGAGUGAAGCCUUUCGUGGAUACUGUGGUAAGGGGGAAGCUGGGGAAUGCGGUAGAGAAAACUCUUACAAUGACAGAAGCUUGGAUAUGCUAAACAUCUUUUCCAAGACCACUUUUUCUAGUCAAAUAUGUCUUUAUGACAGUCAUUUACUCUCUCACAUAAAACAGCUUAGGUAAGGGAAACAACUUCAUUGUCCUGCCCAAACGUUCAUUGCUACUCUUUGUCCCUGGAACAAAACAUUUGAGAUACAUGUGGACACACCAGCUUCUUCCAGUCAAUAAAUAAUCUCACUGGAUCUGUUUUCUCCAUGACUGGAGCUUUACAAACCAUCUUCCCCUAUGCAGACUGGAGCCAGAGCAUGCCCGCAGUGUACUCCCUGGCACAGGCUAACAGUCUGUGAGAUGCACACACAGAUGGAUUGACAGCACCAAGUACCAAGCGAGGGCAGAGGCCAGCACGUUCUCAGUCACAGCCCAUCAGGUUUCCCUGCGCUCUACCUGACUGGAGCAGAAAGAUCUGGAUUCAUUUUUUCCAGUGGAAAUAUUACGGAGAAAGGUGUGUGGGAAAACUGACUGGAAAUGUUCUUGGCCUCGAGCUGAGCCUGCCCAACAUUUCUGUGCAAUUGAAAGGGAACGUCCAGGUGGGCUGGCUGAGUUGAAGGAACUAUAUCUCUGCUGAGCUCCUGGAGGGUCCUGGCUUUGUUUAACACAAGGGUGCUUUCUCUUGUGAGUGCUGUGGGAAGACUUGAGGGAGAAUCUCUCCCCUCUGCCCUGUAUUGUUUUGGAGCAGGAACUGGAGUCUCCCCCUGUUUACCCAGCAGUGGUAUGGUCACAAAGCCAAAUCCUGCUUGGGCUUUCCCAUCUUGUUGCUUGCAACUGGUAGGCAAGGGAGCACACCUCCGGUGUGUGCUUCCACACCACUCUUCUGGUCCAGUUUCCAGGGACUCACAUCCAGCCAAGUACCCCACAACUUCUGAGAGGGCUAUCUACCUCUUCCUCAAUGGCACCUAAGUGCCCUUGCAAAUCUGGUCCUUUCAUUCCCCGCUCCCUUUCCAGAUAAGGAAAAAUGCUUGGAAAGGAGCGGUUUGUCCAUUCCCUGCAAGUUCUUAACACAAUCACCUCCAGACUGUUCUGAAUUAAACUGUGGUUUUGUUUUUUCACUCUGACAAACCACGUCUAUGGCACAGCCUUAGAGCCGAGUCCUGCAGCACAAAAGCCCUGGGCCAAACUCCAGCUCCCCAGUUGCAUCCCUGCUGAUGUUUCACUGUAGCCCUGGCCCUACCUUGGCAAGAUCAUAGAGGGGGGGGGCCCUUCCUACACCAACUGCUGCUCUCUACUCCUUUUUUCCUGUUGUUUUUCCUCUCCCACUGUUUUCCUGCUUCCCAUGCCUGUCCUGUACCAUGGUCUCCCUCCCGAUUAUCUCCGCUCUCCUACUGUUUCGCUCUCCUCACUCCUCUCUUGUUCUCCCUUUGCCACUCAGUCUCGUUCUGCUGCGGCUCCCAUCCUCCCCUCUGUGCUCCCUCCUGCUUCCCCGCUCAGUCUCGCUCUUCCCCCUCCCCUGCCCUUGUGUGCUGUGAUAUAUAUUUUUGUAGGAUUUCUCUUCUCCUCGUGGUGAAAUAUUCAAUUCUUGUGGGAUGUUAGUUUCAACAUUUUUAAAUAAACCUUUGCAAAAUA